AUGAGUAACGACAAGAGAAAAAGUCUUGUAGAUACUUCUCUUGUUGAUAAUGAAGGUGUUAAGGCAAAAGCUGCAUGGGAUGUGAAAGUCACCGAGAUGUUUGUUAAAUUAUGCUUGGAUCAAGUUUAUAAAGGAGAACGAAAUGGUACUAACCUUACAAAAAAAGGGUGGAAAUUCGUUGAAUCUGAAUUCAACAUGAAAAGUGGAAGAAAAUAUGGCAAGAGUCAAUUUAGAAACAAAUGGGAUAAUCUUAAGAAGGAAUGGUUAAUAUGGUACAAGUUGUUUGGAAAAGAGACAGGUUUAGGAUGGGAUAAUGUAAGGAAUACAGUAGAUGCUUCAGACGAGUGGUGGGAUAAAAAGCAAAUGGAAAAUCCACUUUAUGGUAAAUUCAGAUAUAAAGGACUUGCUUUUGCCAAUAAUUUAACUACAUUAUUCAAGGAUGUGGUGGCUAAUGAAAAAUUCAGUUGGGCACCCUCUUCUGGGAUAUUACCUAAUGAUAUAGGUGAAGAUGAUGUAUAUCGUCCAUGCUUUGAGAGUGGUGAUAUAAAUUUAGAGGAAGGAUCAGGAGAUAGUGAAGAAAUUAUACCCACUAGUGCUGGAAUGAGUUCUGAAUUGCGAAAUAUUAAUUUAAGCACUUUUGAAGGAAACAAUAGUGAAAGAAGCAUUGGCAAGAGGAAAAGGGUUGGAGCUUCUGAAAAAAAUGAAAGUAAAAAGGUGAAAGCUCCUGCCUAA